AUGACUGUGCUCGAUCACCCCAAUCAUCCCUUGAUCAAUACACUUCUCCAGCAAGUGGAACCAUUGACGGACCACUCACAGAUUGUAGCCCAUGAACGGACUGGGAUGACCACUGCUCCUGUACAGACUGGGGGAACUUCUACAAGGACACCGGUCUCUGCUGUGUUGCCCCACGGAGGGCGCCCCGUGCCCGCACUGCGUGGUGUAUGCAUCCCAGAUCUCCCACGUCCAAGUCGUGGUUCGGCAUGGCGGGAAGCCGUGAAGCAGUGGGAAGAAGUUGAUCCUACCACUGGAUAUGCCCUGAAGGAUUGGCCUCAAGAAUGGUACACAGGCGUCAACAGGGUUUCCUUUGCACAAAAAAGAACAGACAGGCGCAUGGUUGCCCUGGAGUAUGAAAGGCUUGGGCACGAUGAUAGCCAGUUUCUCCAAGAAUAUCCGGAGGCAGAGAAGGGCAUGAAAGUGUUGCUUCAUGCAAUCAGACUCAAGCUGUUGCAACGGGGCGAGCUGGUCCAGCGACGAAGCAAAAAUGGUUCACCGCAAGAGCGGGAAACCACCUCAGAUAAUUAG